GGAGGAGUCAGUCCGCUCUGCUUACAUCCCCACAGCUGCAGGCAGUCGCUGUGUGUGGACACUGGCAACGUGCUUUUGCCAGGCUAGUUUUCCUGUGGACUCGAGCUCGGCGGCUGUGUGUUAAGAGUUUUAUGUUCCCGCAAGGCGCAUUUCUUUCAGUAAUUCUGCAAAUGGCAACUUCGCGUUCGCUUCCUGUGUGGAAAGAAGUGUUUUCAGUUCGCUCACGGCCGCAGUAACUGACCUGACCAUGGUAUACAACAGCCUGGGCUGCCAGGUCUGUCUCAGCAAAUUUAACUCGGUGUCUUAUUUCAAGAAACAUGUGCGUUCAGAAGAACAUCAAAAGAAAAUGAAAGAAGUCUUCCAGAAAGCUAUACAUAAGGGACCUGGUUUCUUUCCCUCCAUUAGUAUUAUGGAUCCACUUGCCCAAUAUGACAUCAAACAGCCCAUUGUAGGCGUGUCUCUGCUGACAUUAUGUUUCAGUCAAGAGGCACAGACGUUUUUUUACCUGUGCCAUGUUUGUGAGGAUAAGUGUCCACCUGAUAAGAUUUUAGUCCACCUUUCAUCUGGUGACCAUGCCAGCAAGUACUUUAACUACACAGACCCUAACGUACUGAGUUUCUCCUGGAUGCCCAGCAUGGAUAUGAGAGUCAUUCUUAGGCCUCAGCUCAUAAAGGAAGCCGAUGAAAGAGGACCUGGAACGCUACAGAUGUUGGAUUUACCUGCAAAUCUAAUGAAGAAGCUUGGAACAAGUACCUACUCUCAAGUGAUGUCCACUCUCAAUGAAAAUGACAAGCUUUUCAAGGUGUUACAAGCUGCCAAACCAAAGAGGACGAUGAUCCAGACAUACCAAAGAGAUGACAACAGAAAACAUCCACUUCUUGGCAUGCAGCACAUUAUUGAAUGCAUUUGUGUUGGACCAGUUGAGAAGAGAUGCUACCUCUGCACUCUCUGCAACCUAACUUUGGGCACUCGCAUGAUCAUCAAACAUGUCCUCAGCUUUGACCACAUCUUUUCUUACUUUAAAGCGUGGCACCCAUCUACUUUGAUGUCAAAGGAAAGCUACAAUAAUUACAACAGAUCCUUCGCCUCCAUGAUGCUUGAUUUUGCAAAACAGACGGAAGAAAUUCAUGGGACUGCAAACACUGAAAUGAAGCAAGUGACCCUGCAGCCUGCCGAAUAUACAUCAGUGAAUUUCACCUGUUAUGCAGAAGCUUUGAAGAAACUGGAAACCAUCACAAAGGAAAACGGCGGGAGCAGCUUGAUCACGAGCAUCAAACCAGGGAACAUGCUGAAGUAUCGCACUGUGUCAGCAUCGUCUGUAGCACCAUCGUACAAACUACGCUGUCAGGACUGCAGCAUCGUCUUUCCAACUAUACUUGAGUAUUUGAAACAUUUGUCACAGUGGAAACACAAACAGAUGUUGAAGAAAAUAUUUAGAGAAGCUGAAAGAGCUGAUGGCUAUGGCAAAACAGAUGGGAUCCUCUGCGAGCGCUUUUACAAAUACUGCCAAGAGAGAUUGAAGCAAAAUAAACCAGCUAUUGGUAUAUCCCUGGUCGUGGUGUGUGUGAGCACUGAGUGUCAGGCAGAACCUAUUUAUGUGUGCUUUGCUUGUGAGGACUGUUUCCCAGAGUCCUUUCUCACUCAACACUUUGAGUCUCAAAAACAUCUCAUACAAACAUUGCUGUACCAGAACCCCUGGCGGCUCCCUUUCGCCUGGGAGAACGACCUGGAUGUGAAAGUCUUGAGGUCAAAGGUAUGGGAAGAGGAGAAGGAAAGAGGACCAAACCAGAUGAUGCUCAAGGUUCUGGAUAUCCCAUGCCAGAUAUUUCAGAGCCUCAUCCCACCCAGUUACCCAAAAGUGAUGGAGAGACUUGAACUACACCACACUUACUUAAAGCAAGAAGUUCCACAGUGUGAAACAUACAGCAAACUCCAACAAAAUGAGAGAUUUCCUCUGCUCGGCAAACAGUUCAUGGUCAUGCACGAUGUGUGUAUCAGGCGGCAUCAGUCCACAGAAUUGGGAUUUUUGUGUUUGCUCUGUGAGAGGAGACUGGUAGAUGGUGAAUGUUACGCUCAUGUGUUCAGCCGGCAACAUGUCGCAAAAUUUCUGGACUGUUUUCACCCAGGCUCGCUGAGUUCAAGCACUGACACUGAGACCCUACUGGACUUGGCAAAACAGGCAGCACGUUUUCACCCCAUAUCACAUGUACAGGUAAUACAGCUGGAGAAGCCCAUCUGGGAGCCAUGCUCCUACCACAGAGCACAAUCUAUCGUGGCAUCUGCAAAAAGAAGACAUGGGAGAGGAGCGCUUGAACCGCCAAUAACACCUUCAAAGACACUGGUCCCCAGGAGAACCCAGAAAGAAGUGGCCAAUUAUUGUGUGAGAGACAACAGUGAGAAAAACAGUAAGAUGAUGGGGCGGUCUGAGAACCAGACCAGUGAGAAAUCUACAGACAACAAUGGGAGCACCCCGAAAAAGAUUUCAGCAGAACCCGGUUCUGAAAUCAUCAGUAAAGGCUGUGUAGAAAGUGAAGAAAAUGCAGGAAAAGGAUCCCACAAGGAGACUCCUAGUGACAAAGAAUCACAGAAGAGAAGAGAGAUGCUUUCAAAAACUAGCCCAGAUGAGAAAAAGAAUGCCAGUAGGGAGACAUACCAGUCGAUAAAGGAGGAGAAGGCAGAAGAGGCUACAAUAAGAACACCAAGUGGAAAGAUCCCAGAAAGCUGCCAGAACGCAGACAGAGAUAGUGGAGCAGAGACUGGGAAAAAAAGUAGCAAAAGCAGCAAAAAUGUCCUGACACAGAUGAAGGGUUACAUACACAAAGAGAAUGAAAGAAAGAGGCCGAACAGCCUGUCUGAAAAAUCACAAGAGCACACGUGCCCCGAUGGGGAUCUGGGGAGAGAAAUGGGCCAGAAAAGACAGCGGCUAACCUCCAAAGAAGACACAUCUUGUGAAGAACCCCAAAAAAUGCCAAGUGGUGGACUGAAGGAAGAGAACGGCAGACCCAGUCACAAGACUGCACAGGAUAAGGCAUCUUCUAAUGAGAACCACCAACAAGUAAUGCAGUUGUUGCAGUAUGUCAAGAUGAGUAACCGAGAGCCUGUGGUUGGCUUAAGUAAGCUUCUUGAAUGCCACUGUGAUCAGCGUGACCCCAUCUACCUCUGUGAGUGCUGCUCUCAGACUAUCCCAGAGAAGAAUAUCAUCAGCCAUAUGACUGGAUUUGACCACCAGAAGAUGUAUCUAAUGGGGUUACAAAAAGUCCUACCUGCUCCAGGGAGGCACCAGAGGAAGAAAAUCAGAGAGUUGGCUGCUUUGUUGGAACAAGAUAAAGGAUAUGGAGAGGCUCAGGCUGUUGACCUGCAUGAAGAGAUUUACAAUAACCUCUCAAAACAAAACUUUAAUUCAGCGAUACAGACAGUGAAGGCGCUUUUGGCUCAGCAGGACAGUGGCCAUGAAGUCCUUUCAGCUUCAGCUAUGUCUGGUGUUCAACCGGUGCACACCUCAGUAACUGUUCAUGCUCAGCACGAGGUCUGCUCUAUAACAGACAACAUCCAGGUGGUGGAGAUUGAUCAUGAUUCAGAAGACUGUGAGGCACAGCCAUCCUCAGUAGCUGCAAUCACCAUCUCCAAAAGGAAUGAAGUCCCUCCUGAAUCAAAAGCAGACAUCAAAAAGACCCAAAUCAAAAUCCCUGACUCAGCUGACACCAGUCUGACCGUUUCCACAAGCAGUGAAGCUGUCCCCAAACUUACAUCCGCUACAUCCGACUGUACUACAGGCACCACCAAAAUGAGAGAAGCAGCCUAUAAAUGUGUAGCAGCCACCUCCAGCGCCACUGCUAGUACCUCCAAACUGUCUGCAGCCAACCCCAAAUCUAUCACGACUGCCAUAUCUACGGCUCCCACCUCCAUCACUAAAUCGACAGCAUCUGCCACCAUCUGCAUGGCAACCAUCUCUAAAUGUACAGCAGCCUCUGCCAAAUUGACAGGAGCGACCUCUACAGCUAGUGUGACCAUCUCAAAUACACCCUCAACUAUGGCAUUCGCAAAGGGCUCCAAACCACAGGAAGACAGAACCAGAGCUGCAUCCAAAGGUACGGCGACUUCAUGUAAAGCUGCACCCACCUCUCAGAUGGGACCCAGAUUUGUGCGUGAAGCCGGCCAUAGAACUCCUGAAACAGCUUCCAAACUUAAGGUCUCAUGUCAAACUGGAGUGACAAUUGCAGCCACUGCUACAAUGGCUAAAACAUGGGUUGAAUGCGAAUAUACUGAACCCUCUGCCAAAACUGCAGAGCAUAUGAAGAAGUCAGUGGGAGGCAAUGCUGAGUCUGCACCACACAUUCAUAAGGGAAAUCCACCUGCUGCUCCCCACCUGACCACAGCCACAUCUGUCAGGUCUGAACACAAGAAUCCACCGACACAGCCAUCGCAUACCCCCACGACCAAGAAGCCGAUUGCACAGCCUCCUAAAGUUGGCUUAAACCACCUGAUUGCAGUGUCAUGUGAAGGAAGGCAGCAAGUCUACUGUCAGCUGUGCUCAGUCAGGUUGAAACGCUCCAGUCACGUGCUGGGCACUACCCACCAGUAUAACUAUGUGAAAACGAAGUACCCGGGGUGGAACGUCAAGCUGUCGGAGUUGGAGAGUAAAUUGAACAAGAUAGUGGCCCACUUGGCUGAGGUUGAGAAAGAUCUAGGACCUCAGAGCAUCCAGAGAAUGGAAGUAAUGAAUGAUGUGUACACAGAUCUGGCUGCUCUUCCAGAAGACAAAGCUGUAGAAAGACUGAAGGCAAUGGUGAGAGAGAGGGACCUGGAGGUCCCAUCAUCCUCCACAACUGACACUGCAGAGGCUUUGAAAGAGGAAGUUGCCUUCGCCAGUCCAUGCGAGAUUUCAAGCCCAGAUGAUGGGAUGUACAUGCCACAGAAUGAAAUGCCAGAACUUUCUACAAACAACCAGCCAGAGCAGGAGAACAGACACGAGCUCCACAUGCUAUUGGUCCAGAAGCCAGAAAUGAAAUCCAACUUGAAAGAGGUACCAGAUCAGUCAGACAGAACUCAGAGCUGGACUGAUAAAGACCCAGAAGCGAAUGACCAGAUACCAGACCAGCUUGAGUCAUGUCUGAGUUUGAAAAAUGACAGAGAGCCCAUCCCAGCUCCUCGCAUUCAAGAUGCAGACGUAAUAGAAAUCAGCCCUCUCUCUCAUCCUUACCUCCCAGCAGCCAAGGAAGAGAAGCCUUGUGAUUGUGCACAUCCUCUAGCCACAGACUCAGAAUCUGCAGGCACCUUUGCCCAAACUACUUAUACACGCCAAGAAACACCUGAGAACAGACAGCAGCAGGAGAGGAGUGACCCAGAGAUAAGAGACACAGAGGAAACAUUGCCUGUAGUGUCCGCCAGCCCAGACCUGCUCUCUUCUGCAGCUUCGGUGAAUACAGAACAGCAGAACCAGUCAAGACCCAGGCUCACAGCAGAACAUGCACCAAAACACCCAGGAUGCAGUCCAGGACCUGGGCAGCAAAAUAAAUCACGUGCACUCCCAAGCAUUUCAAUAGCGGAAAAAACUCAGGGCUGCAGUAAUUUGUCCGCAUACUUGAGGGUGAUGGGACUGGACACUGAACCAGUUAUAGGUAUGGGCUCCGUGUGGGAGUGUCGAGGGUUAGAGCUGAGGCAGUCCUUCUUCUUGUGUGAGAGCUGCAGCGUGAUGCUCUCCAACAAUGACAUUUGUCAACAUAUGAUCAGUACUCAUCACCAGAUCCAAUACAUGCAGAGGAAGUAUCCUAAGUUUCUGGAGUUCUUGUCGGACAAGGAUCUUCUCCCGCAGAUGAAAUUGGACAUUUUAAAGGGCGUUGCCUGUAAAGUGUCACAGCAGGAGCGUUUCAAAAAGAUGGAUGCGCAGUGUGUACUGCUGGGACACGAGCUGUAUGAAUGUGUGCGGAAAGCUUCCAUCAGUGAAGCUUUAGAAAUGGUACAGAGCAUCAAGAAAAAGCAGAAACUGAGUGCCCUCUGUCUACCUGUCAGUCCUCCACAACAAAGAGACAAACAGCCUGAGAGAUGGCAGAGUCAAGAGGGAUCUCUUCCAAUGGGGGCACUUGAGACAGACCAGAGAGCUGACAAUGGAGCAAGAGAAAAAACAGGAAAACAUCAUUUGGAAGAAAAGACUGUGAUAUCUAAAGAUGAGGAUGACGUCAGACGUAGAACAGUCUCAAGUCCUCCGAAUGUGACUAAUAUCUCCUCAAAGACGGAUCCUGUGGUCUCUCCGUUUCCUGGUCCUGGCCCAUGUCUCAGUCCUCAAGAGACCGACAGGAGCCCUUUUAUGCCACCAGAACUCAGACCACCAGUCUCUCAGCAUCAAAGGCCUAUCCCGGAGUUGCAAGUGAAACAAGCAGAGGUGCACUCAGAAUCCCAGUUGUUCUGUACUGUUAGUCCUGAAACUAUUCAGACCAUGUCAGUGUCUCCCAGAGAUAAAUACCCUGCAACAAGGAAAAGGCCAGCUGACACAUCUGUUGAAACACUGGUCAGACCUCACACCAGUAACCCCCAGCUCGAGGAUCCUUUGCCUGCCAAAUGUACACGCAGCUCACUGCAGCAGCACUGUCAGCUCAGCGCUGAACCACCCAACAAAUCCACUUCUGUUAACCCUGCUGCAACCUCUACCCUCCUGUCUCAAAAGGAUGGAGGCAUGAGACCUGGAUCUGAUGAACCAGACAAACCUAUUGUGGACUUGACACGCCUAAUAGCUCUGGUGAGAGAUAGGAAGUCUCAGAAAAAUGUUCAUAAACCUGAGACUGCUAGCUGCUGUGCUAACAAUUCAUCAGAAAGUGGUGUGGAAAGAAAGUCGGACUCAGAGUUUGUCUUGAAAUUGGCUAAUGACAAAACAAGGUGGAAUUCAGAGGGUCAGCUGGGUAAAGAUACCGUGAAAACAAACCUGCCAUCCACUACAUCAUCAAAGGAUGUGUUUUCAGCAACACCUUUUGUGGUCGCGGGCUGUGAGAACCAACAGGUCGCCCCUAAUCCCAACUCUUUUUUCUUUGCUAACAACGCACCUCCUGAGGGCUAUUCAACAAGGGGCAACCCUUUGUAUAGAGCAACUGAAGCCAAGGCCAUCAGCACCAUGUUACCUUCCCCCAGCACCGCUGACCCCAGUGUCAGUGCUCAGAAGAUCUUUGGAAAUGUGAACCAGCGCAAAUCUAAUCUCAUCUACUGCGCACCCACAAGCCAUAACACAACUCAGAUAUCACAGCCACAAGGUAAGACAGAGACUGACACCACUAGUGUUUUUCAGCUGCCCAUUAACCCCAGCGUAUCCACCAGGUCAGACCCCACUAACCAGCAGUUUAUGGGCAGCUAUAAAUUACAGGACCACACUGAGGUGAACAGAGGCAUUCAGGUCACUCACAGUUUCUUCCCAGUUGAGACACCAAACUCCGGUCACAUUCUGGCAGGAGGGUAUGAUCAGUACAGCCGAGUGGCUACAUCUCCUGUUUCUUCUGAGGCUGUUUUAGGUUACACCACGCCAGACAACCCUCCUAUUUACACUUUGAGCUUACACAAAGGGUACACUGCAGGCAUGUUUUACCCAAACCAGAUUUACCCAGAGCGGGACGCAAUCCAGGUCAGUCUGCAAUCAUAUGGACACAGUUUAGCAACUCCAAGACCCCCAGGAUCGGUAAGCCUGAAGAUACAACUGCAGCAGCAGCAGCAACCGCAGCCGCAACCGCAGCCACCCUCCUCAUGGACAAAUGCCAGUCUGGCUGCUGGAGAUGGCAUUGAGAUGGCAACCCGUGAUGCUGCCUCCUUAGGCACUAAUCCAUUCGCCUCUCCAGCCUACAAUUCUCAAAGGUAAAUUCACCUCAAUUCAGCAACCGAAAGAAUCCUUCCAACUCUGUCCCGAGUCCCACCAUUCCAUGUGUUUAUGUGUAAAUAUAAAGGCACUUUUGCUUCUGAGGAUUUUAUCUAGAUGGUGAAAGAGAAUAUAUAUAUUUCAGUAUUACAGAUCCAUAAGCUUUUUUCAAGACAUUUUGCACCUGUUAAAGAGAAAACAGUUUUGUUAUUUCCUUAUUUUAUUGAGGUUUUUUUUCAGUUUUUCUUUUAUCAGUGCUUUUUAGGUUUAAAAAUAUGCAAAUCAGCACCUUCACCAUCUUAUUUUCAGUGCGUUUAUGUGUUCACAAAUGAACAGUGUUGUAUAUGUAGGAGUUCUGCUUUUUUUGCCACGGUUUGGCAGAUGUAUAAAACGGGUUUGUGCACCUGAAACACCCAAACAAACUGACUUUUUAAUAGACAUUCAUUUUAAAAUGAAGUUAACAGAUUUUCUGUUGGGAGCAGAGAUUUCAGGAUACUAUCAGUGUGUUUAAAACUGUUGCUUUGACUGUGAAAAAUAAGUUUGUGUAAGUUUGAUUAAAAAAAAAUUGAAUUCAUUUUUAAUGUAAUAUUUUCAGCAGUCAGCAACUGUGAUUUUGGAAGGAGUUUUAUAUUCAUACUUUGUUCAUUUUACUAAAUUGGUUGUAAAAUGGAAAUCAGUUGAAUGUGAAAUAAAUUGACAUUUUUU